AUGGCGGUAGUGGUGACCACCAGAGAUAAUUACUGGUCACGAAAAACGCAUGAUUGUUAUUGGAUAGUUGGUAUAUCUGCAAAGUCAAUCAAGGAGUGCGUGCAGUGGAGGUUGCCACAACCUGACGUCAAUCCAUUUUAUGGUCAAGAGGCAAAAAUAUGCUAUUCUGAUGUCAGCAGGCGAAUUGUUUUAGUCCAUACAGAUUAUAGGAAUCACCAUGAACCACGAGUGCGGAGGCAGUACACACCGUCUAUUUUGAAGAAAUGAAACCGGGAUUUGUGUUCGUCUUUGUCUGAGAAGCUUUGAGUCUCCUUCUGCAUGGAAAUCUCCUUGGUUUUCUUUUCUACCUGGCCCAAGAGUUGAUACAGAUAUAACAAUCGAGAUAAUUUGACAUCUAACCCUUUAUUUUAUUUUAUUUUAUUUUUUCUUCUAAUAAGUGGAUAAAAAUGUUGUUUAAAAUUGAUUAUAUGUUUUAGGAUAUUGGUUACUUUAUGAGUCCAAGGGAAAGAAGCUAUGAUGCUGCACCAUGGGUUAUAUACAUCAUGCGUUCUUCAUGUUUACUUGCAGAGGGAUUUUGGCUAUGAUGCUGCACCCAGGUCAUAGACUGUAACGUUCACGCUUAAUAGAGAUCAACACUUAAGCUUUUCAUAUUUUUCAUGUGGAUUCUGAUGACAUACGCAGAAACCUGUUCCGUGUGAUUUGUAUGUUACUUCAAACUUAUUUAUAUAUGAAAAAAUUAC